AAGAAUCGAAUACCCUCGUCGCUCUGGGAAGAAAGCGGGGAUUGCAAGCAAAGUGAAGCAAAGCAAACGGAAAGGGGCACACCCUUGGAAGAAUCCCUCCUUCCUCCUCCUGCAUGCCAGACCCAAUUCCUGCCAUCCAAUUCCCCGCUACUACUUGCAACUCGCUGUGCACUCCACCAGACUCUCUAUUCUGCUUCUUCUUCCUCCUGCAAUCGUUUUUUCUGGGAGGAGCCCCAUUGUCGAGUCUGAAUUGCGUUUUCGUCGCGGGGUUUCUGGUCCCCGGGGAUAGGGUGUGAUUGGAUUGGUGGGUUAGCGCGAGAGAGGUUGUGGGUUUUUGCGAGAGGAGAGGAGAGGAGAGGAGAGGAGGGGAGAGGAGAAUUGAGUUUUAGGCAUGGCGAAUGCGGUGCUUGUGAAGCCUGUGGCGGCCGUGGCGAGCUGCAGAGGUGCUUCCAAUGUGCACCACCAGCUGCUCAGUAGUAACUGCACCUUCUUGCCUCCCCAACCUGCUAGGAAAGCUCCCGUUGGCAGGAAACUUGUGGCGCGUGCAGCUAUCAAUUCCUCAGGAUUCUGGACCCCCGAAGCUGCUGUUCCCAAUUAUGACAUUUGGUCUAUCAGAAAUGACCUAGAACUACCAACUUCAGGCUUUAUGGGGCAGUCUCCAAGAGCUCAGGGAGGACAGGGUCCCCCUCCUAUGCUCGCUGAGAGAUUUCAGAGCGUAAUUACUCAGCUAUUUCAGCAGAGAAUCAUUCGAUGUGGAGGCGCUGUGGACGACGACAUGGCUAAUUUGAUCGUUGCUCAGUUGCUGUACUUGGACGCCGCUGACCCCGACAGGGAUAUUGUCAUGUAUGUUAAUUCACCUGGUGGUUCUGUCACAGCAGGAAUGGCAAUCUUCGACACCAUGAGGCAUAUUCGACCUGAUGUGAGCACAGUCUGUGUUGGGCUUGCAGCCAGUAUGGGAGCUUUUCUCCUUAGUGGUGGCACUAAAGGUAAACGAUACAGUCUACCAAAUUCGCGAAUUAUGAUUCAUCAACCUCUGGGAGGUGCUCAAGGACAGCAGACUGAUAUUGAAAUUCAGGCUAACGAGAUUCUUCAUCACAAAGCCAACUUGAACGGUUAUCUAGCAUACCACACUGGACAGCCCUACGAGAAGAUAGUCCAAGACACGGACCGAGAUUUCUUUAUGAGUGCCAAGGAAGCGCAGGAGUAUGGCCUCAUCGACGCUGUUAUUUCUAACCCCCUCAAAGCCCUUAGACCUCUACCAUCUGCCAACGGAUCAGCAGACUCAAGCCCUACCCCUACCUAAGCACAUUCUAUUGUAGUCAUUAGAGAUCAGGGUUAUAGACAAAGGCCAUAUUGUCCAGGAGGUCACGUCCUAUUUACGGGCUUCAAAAUAUACUUCAAUUCUACAUUGUACAUGUUUUUUUUGACAUCAAUCUUUGUUUGUCCA